UCCACCAUCGAUCAGAUAUCAUUUGUCUGGUGGAAACUUACCGAAGAAGUAAAGUUUAGCUCCGAUCCUUAAGUUCGUCAAAGUAAAUUCAAAUUUUCCAACUCUAACGAAAAUCCAGUGUCCACAUUAUCCUUCCCUUUUUCGACUCGAAUCCUGUGGAUACUUUUUUCUGUUUAACCCGCGCAAAAAAGGAUAAUUAUCGUCAAAAUGAAGUUCGGUGCCGUAGCUGCAGUGCUGCUUGUCAGUCUUAUUGCCUCUUCCAUGGCUGUUCCUGCUCAUAAAAGGAUGGCCUAUUACCACCAGCAACCCUCCUAUUACUACCAAGCCCAGAUGCUGCCACAGCGAAUGAUGUAUGUGCAACAAUCGUCUCCACUCACCCACGCUCGUUCGACAGCUUUUGUAGCUGGUGACUCCGUCAGUGCUGGCUCAGUUCUGAAAGAUUGCAUUCAUCCAGAAGAUGUAGCCAGUGUUGAACAGCAAGCCGCUGAAGCUUCCCUUGACCAAGGUUACCCAGCAGCUGGUGGCCAAGUUUCUGCCGAAUUCGAAGGAACCUUUGCUGGUGGUUACGCUCCUGCCCCUCAAGAGCCAGAGGUCCCUGAACUUCCCCAAGCUCCAGCUGUAGAAAACCAAGUCUUGGAAGAUGCUCCAGCUCCAGUCGUCCCAGAAGCUGCUCCAGCAGCUGCUGAUCUCCCAAGUGACAACGAGGCUAAGGUUCCACGUGAGUACAACUUUGAAAAGCCAGCUGAAGCUGAGCCAGAACAGCCAGCUGUUGAUUCUCAAGUUGCCGAAGAAGCUGUUCCUGAAGCAGUUCCAGCUGUCCCAGAAGUUCCAGAAGUCCCAGAAAUCCCAUCAGCUAACCCCGAACAAGCCCCCGAAGCACCAGAAGCUCCAGCAGCACCUGAAGUUCCAGAAGCCCCCGUUGCCGCUGCUCCAGCUGAAAUUCCACUUGCUGCCGCACCAGCUCCAGUUGUCCCAGUUGCUGCCCCAGCCGCCACUCCAGUAGCCCCACCAAAACGUUACCUUCCACCCAGGAAGAAGGUCAUCGUCAAGCUCGACGAACAAAGUGAAGCCGCUGCCGAUGAUGAUGACGACGAUGUUGACUCCUACCGUCCAGCUCGCAUCCCAAAUGCCCGUCGUCCAAUUAAGGGUAACGCCAGCAAAGCGCCUGCCAAGCCAGCAGCUAAGGCACCUUUGCCAGUUGGUUCUUUCUUCCCAAUUAACUUUGGAGGCACCAGUGGUGGAGCCAUUGCUAUUGCCAACAGUUUUAGCACCGGUGAGGGUGGUUCAGCCACAAGUCAUGCCAUCGCUUAUGGAAGUCCAGAAGCUGCUAGAGCCAAGGCCCAUCCAGCACGUCGUCAUUAAAUCGUAUGGUAAAAAAUAAAAGCACUAGAGACAUUUUUUAAAGUUUUAAAAAGCGAGAGAGAGAGAAGAACAUCACGCAAAUGCAACGACUUUGUGCGUUUUCAACACCCAAUUAGGACAAACAUUAAUUUCUUGUUUUAUUUUUGUUUAGUUUUUGUUUUAGUUUUUUUUUAUUAAGAAUAUUUGAGUCCUUUUUAUGAGUUUUUUAAUGUUUAUUUUGAAAUUGUAGUUCAAUUUAUUACCGAAUAGCAGUGUUUUUAGCUGCACAAAGAAGAGAAAAUAAAAGAAACCGAUUUUAUCCAAAAAUAAUAAAA